AUGUUCAUGUUUUUACCAGGGGUGAAAUGCUACUGGUUCAGACCCGUUCGCAAAGAUGCUAUGCAGAUGAGGUUUGAUGGUCGGCUGGGAUUUCCAGGUGGGUUUGUGGAUCCUCGGGAUAUUUCCUUGGAAGAGGGACUAAAUCGAGAACUGUGUGAAGAGUUGGGACCUGGGGCUGCCUCCCUCCACCUGGCUGAGAAGGACUACUUGAGCUCCCAUGCUUCUGAGCAGCCACAGAGAGUGGUGAUGCAUUUCUACGCCAAGCAGCUUAGCUUGGAAGAGUUCCGAAGGGUAGAGGAAGGGGCUAUUCAAGCAAAAGACCAUGGAUUUGAGGUGAUGGGACUCAUCCGCGUUCCCCUCUAUAUUCUACGUGAUGGCGUUGGGGGCCUCCCAAUGUUCCUCAGCAAUACUUUUAUUGGCAAUGCCCGGGAGCAGCUCAUUCAUGCCCUGGAAACUCUCCAACUCAUGCCAGCUGAGCAACUUCAAAAGGCUAUCAGGAUCCCUCAAAAGAGACAUUGA